AUGGCACCCGGUCAGAAGGCAUACCCGCGCGGGACCGUCAAGAAAAUCAUCAAGGCCCAUUCAAAUUGCAACCUCAGCAAGAAUGUGGACGUUAUGAUCUAUCUCGACUACGUGUUGUUUAUGCAGACAUUGGUCAAAGAGGCCGCCAUUGAAUCCAAGAAGUCUGGCGAAAGGGGUAUCACGGCCCGGAGCGUCAAGAAGGUGACCUCCGACACUCUGACCAAGUUCCGAGGUUGA